UACGCAUGUCGCUAGCAGUAAAACAGUUAUAUGUUACAUUUAUAAACAAAAACAGGUAUGAAUAAUAACAUCAUAAACUUCCUGAUGUCAAUCCAGAGUAUCAAAAUAUUAUUUUGCUCAGUGUGCAGCAAGGGUAUGUUUUUGAGGUUUAAUUUCCUCGUGACGAAAAACACUGCUGUGUUAUGAUUAGCUUGAAGCAUAAACGGAAUUAACGUUGGAAGCUCUGUACGAUUUGCAGUGCGUUAGGCGGGACUUGUGGGUGCCUGCAAAUAAGUGAAGGAAAAUGGACUCUGUUAAGAUUCAAUUUCUAUUGCUGAUGCUUUUAUUAGCUAAAUGUGAUUCAUGUCCUGGUCGAUGCCAGUGCUGCCUGAAUGACAUAUGCGGGGAUUACUUGGGCCAUGACCAUGCGUGUAAGGAUGGCUGCAAAGAUGGAUAUCAUCAGCCCCGCUGCAUGUGGCUAUGCUCAGAACACUGUCAGUCUUGUGGCCGAAUAGACGGUUUGUGUCUUAUAUGUAAGCCAGGAUUUUACGCACCAUCUGACGAGUGUUCAAAUGCCUGUGAAUACAGAAACUGCGCGUGUGCUCAAACCAAUUGUGAUUAUUGCCUUGAUGGAUUUUACGAUGUAAGCCAACAUUGCAAUUCGACUUGUUCAAAAGGAUGCAUUGAGAAAAAAUGCAAUGAUAAUGGCUCAUGCGACUGUGUGGAAAAUUUUAAAGGAAAUAACUGUGACAUGUGUGUGCUCGGAAAAUACGGAGAACUUUGCAAUAAUGAUUGUAUCAACGAUAAUUGUGGAUGCACAAAUUCAACUAAUUGUAUUUCCUGUAAGGCUGGUUAUUUUGACUUCUCUUCUUUUUGUUCAAAAUCGUGUUCCGUAGGCUGUAAGAACAUUUGCAGCAAUGAAGGUCACUGUUCAUGCCAUUCGCAAUUUACCGGAAGCAACUGUGAAAACUGCAAACCUGGAUAUUACGGCGACAACUGCACCAUUCCAUGUACAAAUGGUUGCAUCGAUGGGACAUGCAAUAGAAAUGGAACUUGCGACUGUUCACCCAAUUUCACCGGUGCAAGGUGCGAAACAUGUUUUGCAGGACAAUAUGGUAAAACAUGUGAUAAACAAUGUGGGCUAGGUUGUACAGGAAACAUCUGUAACAAAGACAAUGGCACAUGUAUUUGUGAAAACAACUAUAAAGGUGAACUAUGUGAUAUUUGUAAUGACGGCUAUUUUGGAAGUCAUUGCAAUUCACUUUGCCCGGAUCGUUGUUAUAAUUGCUCCACAACUGAAACCUGCUACGCAUGCAUAGCAGGAUUUUAUGGUUUAGACUGCUCACUCAACUGCUCGGAUAAGUGUCUGGGGUCACAUUGUGAAAAAGAAAAUGGAUUUUGCGCUGAUGGUUGUGUUGAUGAAUUUACAGCAGACUCGUGUAUUGACAAAUGCGAUGACAUUUGUAAAACAUGCUCUCAGACAAAUUCUACGCACUGCACAUCAUGUUUUGGAGGAUUUAGCGGACCUUCUUGUAAAUGUAUUCCAAACUGCCAAUGUGAAUUAGAUAGUGAAGUCUGUAAUGAGUGUACUAAUAAUUUCCAAUUCGAAAGCAAAUAUUGCAAAUGUAACAAAAAAUACUGUGUUGAGUACUUGAACUGUUCAUCAUGCCUCAGUGAUUCUUUUUAUACAUAUAAUGACACAUGUUGUGAGUGUAGCACAAAUUGCAGAAAUGGACAGUGCUUGUCGGUAGACCAGUGCUUGAAUGGCUGUGAGGAUGGAUAUACCGGUGCAGACUGUGCCGAUUUAUGUACAGAAUACGAUGGCAAUUGUACGAAAUGUAAUCAGGCUAAACCUUUAUGUGUUCGAUGCCAACCUGGGUUUUCUCCAAACACAGAUGGUGUAUGCACUUCAUGUUUAGGUUGUAAGGGAAAUGAGUGCGAUACUGAAAGUGGUGUGUGUAAAAACGGGUGCCGACUAAACUUUUGGACCAACACCUGCGAAAAAGAGUGUAAUUUAAAUUGCCUAGAGUGUGACCAAAUGUCUGGCAUAUGCAACGAAUGCACAACAAAUACCGUUUAUGGGCCGUUUUGCAAUUUGACGUGUAGUCCAAACUGUAUAGAAUCGCAAUGCAACAGAACGACAGGUGAUUGUAAUAAUGGAUGCAUACCAAUUAUGUAUGGCCCAAAAUGUGAGUAUAAAUGUCCAGAAACAUGUGCAAUAAGCGGUGAAAAUUCAAAAUGUGACAUUGAAGGUCAAUGCAUAUAUAAUUGCAAAACGGGUUACCAAGGAGGAACUUGUAAUAUUGUUGACGAAAAGGCAAACAAAGUCUCAACAGCCGCAGUUGCUGGAGGCGUAGCCGGAAGUCUGAUUCUUGCUACGGCGACUUGUAUACUCAUUGUCCUAAUACGGCGGAGGAUAAAGAACAAACAACGAAAUUCUUCCCAACAUGUUUAUAUUAAUGUUUCCGGCACGAGCACUUCAGGUAAAUUUCUGUAUACUUCUUUUGCAUACACAUUGAAUUAAACAGAUGGAAAUAUC